AUGCCAGCACCGACUGGUCUAGUGGCUAUCACCGAUCCAACAUCUGCUUUCACGCAAAAUCCCUAUUACAAUAGCGGAUAUGGAGCCGGUGGUUAUGGUAUGUACGGUGGAACCACGGCUACUGCCUCGUACUACCAGCAGGUGGCUACCGGUUUACGAGCUCAGAAUGCUUCAUUCCCGUAUGGCAUCGGUGCCGCUACUCCUUCGGCUUAUUACGGAAGUUCCUAUCCAACGAGUUUCGACUAUUCUGCCUAUAAUCCACAAUAUUACAAUGGUAUGCGAGCCGGCUAUUACGGUAAUGCACUUGCGGCUGGCGCUACCGCAGCGUAUACGGGCACUGCUCUGUCCUCAGAAGCUUCUUCCGAACUGUCAGCCUUCACUCUGAAAUGUGACCGGAAAGGAGGAAAAUCGGCCAAAAAGAAGAAGACAGGCUCCUGUUCUCCAGGCGAUACCCAUUUCGCUAGGGUUUUUGUCUGGGAACUCGACGACAUAUGCACCCUCACAAGUACUUCGUUGAGUGGACUUGCUCAUAAGGUGAGUUUUCCUGAAAUCAUCAUGCUCACAUGGGCUAAAUGA